AUGGCUGAGUCUGUCGGAAGUUCCUCACCGAAGGAGCUGCGUAUCCUGUGCUUUGACCUUGGCUCCUUUAACCGACCAACGCAGUUCCUGUUGAGUUGUGUCGGUGUCUUCGUCCUGUAUAUUCUCUACGGCUACCUGCAGGAGCUGAUCUUCACUGUGGAGGGAUUCAAACCGUACGGCUGGUUCCUCACUCUCAUCCAGUUCGGAUACUACAUUUGCUUCGGCCUGGUGGAGCGACACUUGGAGGGUCGCCGGAAGAGCGGAGGAUCUUUAUGGAGGAGCAAACCUGUAGCCCGUUGCAUACCCAUUAGCACAUACCUGGUGCUGGCUGCUCUCACCUUGGGCACCAUGGGUCUGUCCAACUCCAGUUUGGGCUACUUGAACUACCCCACGCAAGUGAUCUUCAAGUGCUGCAAGCUCAUCCCUGUGCUGGUGGGCAGCAUCCUCAUCCAGAAGAAGCGCUACGGAGUCCUGGACUUUGCGGCAGCCACCUGUAUGUGCAUCGGACUAGCAUGGUUCACGCUCGCGGACUCCCAGAUGACACCGAACUUCAAUUUGCUGGGCGUGGCCAUGAUCUCGGGUGCCUUGCUCUGCGAUGCCGCCAUCGGAAAUGUCCAGGAGAAGGCCAUGCGGGAGCACAAGGCGCCCAGCAGCGAGGUGGUCUUCUAUUCGUACGGCUUGGGUUUCGUCUACCUCUUCGUUAUAAUGUUGGUAACCGGUCACUUCUUCAGAGGACUCGCCUUCUGCCUGGAGCAUCCGCUGCAGACCUUUGGCUAUGGCUUCCUGUUCAGCCUCUCUGGGUAUUUGGGCAUUCAGUUCGUCCUUGCUCUGGUUCGGAGCAGUGGGGCUCCCAUAGCGGCCACAGUGACCACCGCUCGCAAGGCGGUGACCAUUGCCUUCUCCUUCAUCCUCUUCAGCAAGCCCUUCACCAUGCAGUACCUUUGGUCUGGUCUCAUCGUCGUCCUGGGCAUCUAUCUAAAUGUCUACAGCAAGCGGAAUAAACUAACGUUCGCCGAUAUCUGGCAGAGAUUUAUGUGGUUCACCAGCUCGAAGAAUGCAUUGUCGCCGGAACGCAAGUUCCUCAUUGAAGUUUAG